UGCAUAUCCUGGGAUAAUGUGUAGCCAUCCAAGAGAUAUGCUGUAAUCAAAUAUAAUCGAUUUUCUUUUGACAAUAUUUCCUCAACACUAAGCCGAUUAUCACACCAAACAUUAUCACCUCGAAAAACAUCUCCAACGCUUAUACCUUCGAAAAUAUGAGUUCAUUCACUCGCGCCGCUCUUCCCGUAGGUCUUGCUGUAGCCUUUGGAAUUUGGACCGCUUAUUAUGCACUAGAUCCUGCAUUCAGGGAGCAACAAGAGAAGGCACAGCAACGCCUGGUAAAAGAUAACCAGCAGCUAGAUAAAGUGCCCGAAGUCAAGGACCUCGCACAACAAAAAACGCCCAAGACGGACACUUCACGCAACCGCUAGCUAUGUUUAGUCGCUAGAUACCCAGUAUAUCGAAUAGUUCCAGCUUCAUGAAUCCUACUUGGGCAUCAUAUGAAUUAUAUUGCCAGAGGUAGCGGUUACUGCGAAGCCUGAAGAUAUCUCCGGUGCUUAAUAGCAACGUUCUCAAGCUCAUGGUCUGGUUUUGUUGUUUGAUAUACCAAUGAGCAUCAUCAACGCCAUAGCAGUGGAUAGCUCAAAGGUGGCGUUGUCUUUUGAACUAAGUCGAACUGCUCACGCUAACCCAGCAAUGCGAGAUACCUUUGGUCUUUUUUAUCAAGUCAUUAGCUUAGACGAUUAAUCAUCGAGACAGUGAUUAAGUCUAGGAUGUUGAACACUAGCAAUUGAUAAAUACUACGAAUAUAAAAGACUUUCGGAGGGGUAUUGCUCGUCUCCAUAGCUACCUACCUAUCUUAU